GGCAUUUUUGUGUUUUAUUUUGCACAAAUAAGUAAACCUUUUUAUUAACGCCCCAAACGGGAAAUGCCCAAGCGGAAAGCUGACUCAACAGAAGUAGACAACGAAAUGACAAGCAAUGCCCAAAAAUCCACACCCGAACAGGCCGAGGGGAAAUUGACAAUCAGCACGGAUAAUCCGCUCGCCGAAUAUAUAAAAUUAAUUGAGACAAAAGUAACUGUUGAUCAGAUCGUGGAUGAUGACAUUACAAAGGAGAAUUUCAAGCAAAUAGCGCAAGCGGCCCGUGACGUCAUCUGGCAACUCUUGUUCAGCAGUGACGUCAACGCUGAGUCAGAGAAAAAAGCGAGCGAUUUGCUUGAGGAAUACAAAAGCGAUGCCUGCUUCUACGCACCAUGGCCAUACAACGAAUGGAUUGUCAAGGUGCGCGAUGAACUGCUGAAGCGGGAGCAGCUCAGCUUUUGGCGCGAGACGAUUGUGCGCAAACAGUUGGGUCCCUGCUGGUCGCGCGACUCCGAUUUGUUUGAUUGCGAUGAUGAGCCACCGUUGGAAUUUUAUGCACAUGCCGGUUGCAUUGCUCCGUUUGCCGCCAGCUUGAAGGUGCGCGCUGCUGAGAAGGCAGCCAGCGGGGAUGAGGAUGCAACAACCAGCAGCGAGGCGGAGAGGGGCACAAGUAAUGCAGCUGCUUUGUCGGGAAACUUUGAGGCAAAAAUAGGCAAGGAACAGCCGCUAAGCGAUUAUCGUGAGCUGAUGAAGCGCUAUGUGCUGACCACGGUGACCGUGCCGGAUGACAUCCACAAACAGAAUGUGGAUAAGAUUGGGAAAGCGGCACGUGCCGCCAUUUGGCAGUUGCUCUUCGAGGGCGAGUCGCCCGAGCAGUCGGAUUACGACAAGGCAGCGGAACUGUUACAGGAAUACAAAAGCGAUUGUGGCUUCUAUGGGCCCUGGGAGUACAACGAAUGGGUUGUCAAGCUGCGCGACGAGCUCAUCCAGCGACAGAUGGUCAGCUUUUGGGGCGAUUCGAUUGUCAAACUGGAAUUGGGCCCUUGUUGCUCACGGGACUCGGAUUUCUUUGAGGGUGACGAGCCAUUGCCCGUGGAAUUUUAUAAUAAAGCUGGCUUCAAGGCACCAUUUAACCAACGCGAAAACGAAAUCUGAAUUUAACUUUAUUGUUACCAUUUUCAAACACAUUUAACCAUCGAGUGCUAAUUUGUCAAUUGUCCAAUAGUUUAAGUUUUCUCACAUCGAAUAAAGUAAAAGAUAAAAAAUAGUAAGAGAAAAAAAAACA